ACAUGGCGGAGGUCAGUAAAUGUACUGGAAGGGUAGCGCGCGAUAUUGCGCUAAAAAAUUAUAAGCGCUAUCUCCUGGAGAGCCUCAACAAACACUGGAAAAGGAAAGUACACGCCGCCUCUCUGUCGGUUGGGUUUCUGCUAGAUGACAUCCGAUAUUACGAACUUAAUGGAACCGAAAGUACCGCGGACAGGGUGAAUGUUGGAGGCUCCCAGGACAGUUACACAAGGGUAAAACACCUUCCUGAAGGUAUUGAUGCUGGUUUAGAAAAUGGAAAUGUAGUGGAAAACUACUACAAUCGUUGCCGCGACGAGCAUUUGUUUUCAAAGAAUACUCUGAUAAAACUUAAUGAAAAGAAUCUUCCUCGAUACCGAAACUAUGCCAUGUUUUUGAGUACUUGGUUUAACUCUCCCCGUCAACAGCAGAGCUCUUUUAGUCGGCAUCUGUACCCAGGACAUGGGAACUUAAUUUUUAUCAGAGAGUACAAUGGCAACGGGACCAGAUCUGAAUUUCUGUACAAAACCAAAACAGGUUACUAUGAUAUCCUGGAGGUGUCACCCACCGCCACCCAAGCCCAGAUAAAAACAGCAUACUACAAGCAAUCCUUCAUCUACCAUCCUGACAGAAACUCUGAUAGCGACGAUGCCACUGCGCGCUUUUCGGAGAUCAGCGAGGCCUACAUGGUGCUGGGAAACAAAGGACUCCGGAAGAAAUACGACCGGGGACUUUUAAAUUUGUCAGACCUCACCGCCACAAUCAGGCCCUCUAAGGACACCACCAGGAGCUCAACGAAACAGCAGGGCGCGGGAAGACAGUCUGUAGCGGGCGCAGACAGCCGAGGAGGUGUCUUUGAUUUCGACAAGUUUUUCAAGUCUCACUACAGCGAACAGCUGCAAAGACAAAGAGAAAUUAAAGGCCGAAAAGAGGAUAUGCUGAAGAAGAAAGAGGAAGCUAUACAAGACAAGAAACUGGGCAAGAUGACGGAGGUUGGAGUUGGGAUGCUGCUCAUUUUCGCUAUGGGAAUAUUUUUUAGCUUAAAGAGAUAAAGGUUAUGUGCAUUUAAAAAAGCUGAAGAAUGCCUUGGCAGAUUAAUUGAAAAUGAAAUGGGAAGUUCAGGAACAAACAACCAUCCGGUGAUGAUUUGAUGCACUUUCUUUGUCUGAUAGUAAAUACAUAUUUGGCUCUGAAACUGUGGGACUUGCACAUAAGAAAGCCCACAACCCCAUGUUUCAUCCAUCUGAUUACCCUCUCAUAUUAUCUUUUGAAAAACUAAGGUUAAAAGUGUGUGCUUGUCUGCAUUUUUGACCCAGUCUCUGUCAUUUAGUUUUCUAUUUAUAAUUUUCCACUGUGCCAACACAUUUUCCACAUGUGUUAAAUACACGCUGAAUGAGAAGCUUCAGUGGUUGUUUUACAACCGAUUAAUACUUAAUUUAAACUCCUUUUGGCUUUCAUGAAGUCAUAAGUUGUUUCAGAUCUUAUUUAGAAUGUCAUAGCAGGGUUGAUUGUGGUUGAAUAUUUAGCUAUUUAUUAAAUAUUUAUAGCAAUGUAAGUACAGGAUGUUAUAAAGAUUUCCAUACCAGAUGUUGCAAUGAUCAGAAGGGUGUGGUCAAAUAGUAAUUUUAAAGAAAAUGCCUUACAUGAUGUUUAUUGUAAAUACCUGUGGUUAUAUUACGAGAUUAUAAUAAAACAUGUGCAGCUUUGCCUACCGAAUAUGUGCACCAAUGCUCUUUAAAUCAUGUGGGAAAAUAGCUGAAAGUUCAUCAGGAUCUGAGCAGAAUGCCAGCAUUUUUUAAGUUAAAGUACUUGAAAACAUCACAUUUACAGUAUUUUUGGAGAGUAAAACUCCUUAUCCUCAGCGAAGAUAACUUCUCUACACUACUGGGGAAACCUUUGGUUUGAAAUGCUUUUUUUGUUUGUUUGUUUGUUUUACAAAUUGAGUCAUUGACAAAUCACAUCACAAACUGAGGCGUUUUUAUCAGCUUAAACUCUAAAAACUAAAGAGUUAAUAAGUUUGGUGGGAAAUUUUUGAAAGAUCUUGCAUUCUUUGGUUUUGUUUGUGCUGUCAAAUGUCUGGUUUGGUUUUUGUAAACAUUUGGUAAAAAUAGCAAAUGCUGUUCAUAAAAUACUAACUUCAACAGCAGGCUGUUGACAUAUCAGGA